CGGCAGCGGUUCACGAAGCGAUUGGGCGACUAAAAGUACAUCUGCAAUCCUUUGCAGGUAAGCACGAGGAAAUUCAACGAGUGUCCCUUGGUGGGAAACUACAGCGAAACUGCUCUUCGUCGACGCAUGGUCUGCAGUGCACCGGCAACUGACGCCUCGUCACAGCUCGCUUGAUUACAGGAACGAGAUAUUCCCGGAGUCGGCACAGAAGGCUGUCAGCUGAUCCUCGGCUGGCUUUAUAAGCGCUGGAAUUCUGGUUUCCUAUGCAGUCCGUCAGCGACGCACGAAGCGAUUGGGCGACUAAGAGUACAUCUGCAAUUCCUUGCAGAGCACCGGCAACUGGCUCCUCGUCACAGCUCGCUUGAUCACCGGAACGAGAUAUCCCAGAGUCGGCGUAGAAGGCUGUCAGCUGAUCCUCGGUUGGCUUUAUAAGCACUGGAUUUCUCAUCUCCUGUGCUGUCCGGCAGUGGUGCACGAAGCAAUUGGGUGACUAAAGGUACAUCUGCAAUCUUUUGCAGAUGAAACCGAAUGUGCUCUACGUCGCCACUGCUUUUUUCGCCGUUGCCUUGGGUCAAGCACUUCCAAAGAUCAGCGAACAGGAUGUGCUGCACAGCUUCUUCUGCGGUCAAGAAACGGGUCGUUUAGUUUUGGAAGACACCUCGUUUUCUUUUAAACAUCUAUUUUGGACGUACGAAUUUCUUCUCACAAUCGGCUCUUUAAAUCUACCGAACGGAGGGAAACUACACGGGACAUGCAAUACAUUGUUUGCACCAAAGCAAACAAACUACGCACCUGUUUACUGCACCUUUGAUCUUUCCGGUAGCGUUGGCUACUACGACGUCACGAAGAAGAACAGCUGGCGUUUUCGUAACAGUGACUUCCGUAUCAGUGCCACUGUCAAGAAGGGCAAUUUUCGUGUAUCUGUUAAGUUCAACAGACUGGAGGACAGAAAAAACCAAGAGGCAGUUGUAACGGUGAAAGUGGACCCACUCAGCCUUGACAUCCGGCAUCCGGCGGGCGUAUCUCUUCUUAACAAGGUUGAAAAAAAAUUUGUGGAGCAUGCCAAGACUCGCAUAUCUCAGACAAUUGAGAAAGCAUUGCAGUCAGCUUGCAAAGGACGCGAAAAGUGGUUCCUUAAGAUGUUCCUUAAUUACACACUGCAAACAUCGACGCGCAUACCAACGACUACUACAAAACGAAAGAGCCUGUCUACCAAAACCACCACGACAGUGCAAACAUCGACAAGCACACCAAGAAGCUACCCAACAGAACUUUUUCCCACUCGUGUAUCCAGUACAGUGCAAGCAAACUCCCCUGUAGCGAAGACAUAUUCGACAAAUGCCAAAGACUUCACGGACGCGACAAACACGAACACAAUAGAGAAAAAACAACGUGCAGACUACGCCACAACACAGCCAGAAAAAAGCUGGAGCAUUAUGUCUAGCUUCCCCGAAAACGAAAAAACUUCAACUGCAACAACCCGUACCUCAAAAAAACAAACCAGAACAAACGACACGCAUGGAAGCCUCCACCCUACAAAAACUACGAAAACCGUUCUGAAAACAGAUAUGACUUCCUCACUUGAACCCAACAAUACUUCAACCGACAAACAGUCGCCUACAACAAAAAUCGUUCCUCCAAAAGAAAUAACUAAUAAACCCACCGGUCAAAAGCCCAACAAUAAGUCCACCACGUCUCAGGUAAUCGGCUCUACUACGAAAUCAGAGACGACAAAAAUAGAGAAUUAUAUAACGUCAACAUCGACCAGUUGGGUGAUAGGGAAGACCAACAAUAAGACAAGCGCUAAAUCAGACAGUGAGAACUCGACGACGCAAGACGCAUCGAAAACAAAUGGUGCACAAAGCAUUCCAGCAAGAAAUAAGCGUUCCACUGCAACAUACUUUAGCACAAAAACCGAACAUACCUCGAAUAUACCACCAAAAAGUGGUCCGAUAACCGAGAGUUCAAAUACCAUGGCCAGAAUUUCAACGAAUAAUAACUCCACUCAUAUCGCCCUGACCACUAAUCCAAUAACUCAGCAAGAAAACACAACACCAACGACAUCUACCAUAAGCUCGGCUACGGUAUAUAAUGCCGCACAAUCGGACGACAGCUCAACCGUUCCCACAGAAUACAACAGCAGUUCAAGUGCAGCAAUAAGUGAUUCGCACAGUGCAGAUGACUCAAUUAUAGCGACAAAGACGAAAACACUCCAACCCAUCAAACCAGAAAAAACAAGAACCACGGACCAGCAAAAAAACACUAUGACCACAACAACUCUCUCAAGCAGGACACCGUCAUCUGUUUCCCCACCAACGAACAGCACCUUCGGCGCGGUGUUAAGCACAUCUACAAUUGAAAACACAACUACAGCCAGCGAACGUGCCUCUACGAACGGAAUAGGCAAAGCAAAUGGUCCAGAGAGCAGUAAUGAGACAGUACGCGGUUCUAUUUCUUCAAAUGUUACUACUGAAGGAGAAGAAAGUACAAGUUUACGGUCUAAGGAGGCACACCGAAUCAAGACCUCCACUCAAGCAAUCAGCAGCGAUACCGCUAUACCCACCAAUCCUCAAACCGCCAGUAAUGCCACCAGCCAGCAAACGACCACAAAGACUACAACACCAAACACUCCAGGUAUGACUACAGCCUCUAUUACAACGCAAAUGAACACCACUUCAAGUGCAAUUCGGAGACGUUCCACAGAAGAAACUUCGUCGGAUCGGGUGAGCCUCAACACGAUAAAUAAGGGCACGUCUACAAUAGCCAUAACAAAUGCCCCACAAAUUAAUGAUGAGAGGGAACAUGCUUCUUUCACCCGGUAUAGUGCUCCGCAAAGUGAAGGCCAACCUAGUGUACCACCUAGCAGAUCUCACAGAGACGAUAACUCCAGCAAUGUGACCGAGUCAACGACACGUGAACCCAUAACUAAACAAAUAAGAACUGAAACCACGGACCAGCAAAGAACCACCACGAGCAUAAAAACAUCUCGCGCAAUCAUGACAACGCCAUCUAUUGCAGCACAAACGAACAGCCCCACAAGUACGGUGAUAAGCAGUUCUACCAUCGGACCUUACACUCAUCUUCAAGACAUAACUACGGCAAGCGAACACACUUCCACGAACGAAGAAGACAAAGCCAAUGGUCUAGAGAGCAGUAAUCAGACAGUGGGUGGUUCUAUCUCUUCAUCUGUUGCAACCGAUCCAGGAGAAAGUACAAGUCUUUCUUCUAAUGAUUCCCAUGGAACAAAGAGCACCAGCCGAGAAAUCAGCAGUGAAAGCGCUAAAUCCACAACUGCCGAAACUACCAAUAUUACCACAAGCAAGCAAAUGACCACAACGACUACAACAACUACUACAGGCAUGUCUCCAAAAUCUAGUAAAACACAAAACAUUAACAAUUCAAAUGUUGUAAGCAACAGUUCUACAGGAGGAACUUCGUCUGAUCGCGAAAGCCAAACUACGACGAACGAACGCAAGUCCACGACAGCCAUAGCGAAAACAGAUGCUCCGCAAAGCAAUAAUGGGAGCGCAGACGGUUCCUUCCCCCAGUAUAGUGUUCCAGAACGAGAAGGCCAAUCUAGUUUAGCACCUAGCAGAUCUCACACAGCCGAUCACUUCAGCAAUGUGACUGAGUCAACGUCACUUCAACCCAACACUACAGAAACAACUAAAAUCACUACGACCACAACAACAUCUCGCACGAGCAUGACAACGCCAUUUGUUGCAGCACGAACGAACAGCGCCUCAAGCACGGUGAUAAGCAGUUCUACAAUUGGGCCUUCCACUAAUUUUGAAGACAUAACCACGGCAAGCGAACGUACCUCUAUGAACGGAGUAGAUAAAGUAAAUAGUCAAGACAGCAGUAAUGAGACAGUAGGCGGUUCUAUCACUCCAUCUUUUACAACCGAAGCAGGAGAAAGUACAAGUGUUUCGUCUAAGGAUUCACAUGGAACCGAGAGCUCCACUCAAGCAAUCACCAGUGAAACCGUUAAACCCACAACCGCCAAAACAACGAAUUAUACCACAAGCCGAAACAACAACCAAAAUCACUACCACCACAACAACAUCUCGCGCAAGCAUGACAACGCCAUCGGUUGCAGCACGAACGAACAGCACAUCAAGUACGGUGAUAAGCAGUUCUACAAUAGGGGCUUCCACUCAUUUUGA